GCGCAUGCGUUAGGAGCAAACCUGAGCGUGCCAUUAACUCUUUUGGUAACCAAACAUGACGUCCGGCUGUCCGCUCGGCGUUUGCGAAGACACAGUGGAGAAGAUUUUAAAUGGCGAAGGUCUAGAGGUGAAAGAAUUUGACUCUUCCCCUGAACAGGUUCAUGCAGUGGUCUUAAGGAAGACUGUCUGUUACAUUGUCUGCGCCGUCAUCUUCAAUGCAAAGGAUGAGGUGCUGAUGGUGCAGGAAUCCAAACCGGAGUGCUACAAACGCUGGUACUUACCAGCGGGCCGCAUGGAAAAGGCAGAGAACAUCAUAGAGGCCAUGGUCAGAGAGGUUAAGGAGGAGUCCGGCCUGGAAUGCCAGCCAAUCACCUUGCUUCUGAUUGAAGAGCAGGGCUCACAGUGGAUCAGAUUCACCUUCUUGGCAGAAGCAACAGGAGGCUCCCUGAAGACAGAAGCAGAAGCUGAUGCAGAGUCAAUCCAGGCUCAGUGGUGGGACAGGGAAACGCCCCUGCCACUCAGGACGAAUGACAUCCUGUGCCUGAUAGACGCCGGCGUGAAGUACAGGGAGAAGCCUCGGUUUACGCCAAUGCUGCCUGUCGACCUCCCCUGCCACGUCAUCUGCCAGAGACUGUUACUCGUAUUUCGUGACCCCGACGGAGAGCUCUGGAUUCUGCUGAGCCGCGAGGACGAUCCCCGCGUCCCCGUCGCCGUGUGCGGCCGGAAGUACUCGCUGACAUGGGCUGUGCGCAGGCUGGCGCGGGAGUGCAUGCCGUCCUCAGCGGGCCUCAACCUCAAACCCUGGGGCAUCCUGGGAGUGCAGCAUAACGGCAGGAUGCCCGGCACGACAGAUGGGAUCUGUUUCAACAUGCUGGCGUCGGUGGAGCAGAGUGCCGACGGUGGCGAAGCCGGCCACCCCCCAUUGCUAGAGAAUCCCAGAUUUCUGUGGCACAAGGUAGUCAGUCCUAAUAUAAAAGAGAAGAUUAGUCAGCGACUGACAUCACGGUCUGUACUUCCCAUGUACAGCCUUUAUUAACAUUGGCAUUCAUUGGCCUGAAUGCUUUCCAGUUUCCCAAAGCUAUCAUGCGGUAGUAACAAUAAGGCCAUAGGGGAGGGGUAGGAUGCUGUUUUCCUUUAGAGAUACAGGGUCUAGUUUUUUUCCUUCUACCUCACUAUUAUUAUCUGAAAUAUGUAUCAUAAAAAGAAAUCCGUUUUUAAUAUCGGGUGAUAUCUGAAAACCAGCAUACCUGGUGGAAAUCUGACUGUUACCUAACCCUGCAGGAAGAAGUGAAGACUGUAAAAGCACAGCUCCAUAUAUUUAUAAUAUAAUUAGACUUCAGAUACACAAACUGCAAUAUAACACAAAACAGAAUUAAGUCUGCAACUUGUAAGUGGACUGAUAUAUACACACACAAAUCAAAAUUUACCUUUUAUAAACUGUUACCGACAUGCAAUAGAAAAGGCACGAGUUAGUUAUGAGAUACUGUUUUUAUCACAUAUAAUUUAUAUAUCCAUCCAUCCAUUUUCCAAACCGCUUAUCCUACUGGGUCACGGGGGGUCGGGAGCCUAUCCCGGAAGCAAUGGGCACGAGGCAGGGAACAACCCAGGAUGUGGGGCCAGCCCAUUACAGGGCGCACUCACACGCCACUCCUAUGGGCAAUUCGGUAACUCCAAUUAGCCUUAGCAUGUUUUUGGACCGUGGGGGGAAACUAGAGUACCCGGAAAAAACCCCACGACAACACGGGGAGAACAUGCAAACUCCACACACGUGUGACCCAUGCGGAGACUCGAACCCGGGUCCCAGAGGUGUGAGGCAACAGUGCUAACCACUGCACCACCAUGUAAUGUGCACCACAAUGUAAUCUUCACCCUUCAGUUUAACUAUUAGUAAAGAGUAAACAAGCUGGUAUUUUAUAAUGCAACAUAAAUGCAGUAUGCGACGAAAGCAUGAAGAAUUACCUCCAGGACAUAACCAUUCACUAUUGUGGUGAAAACCUUGCUUACCUCAGCCAGGGAACUUCCCCAUAACUUCAGGUAAAAUAGCCACUUGCAUUAGGUUAGUGAAGCAAGCUUUCAUCACUAGGAGAAAAUAGAUUUAAAGCAGCAACACAAUUCAUACUAUGUAAGCCAUUACACAAUCUCAAUUUAGGUUUGCUGUAUUGCCCUUCUAACUGCAUGCUGGCUGCAGAUGAUGGGGCCCCAUCUUGGCACGCCUGCACUGACUUCAGCUCGUUAAGUAUACUUGCAUGGAUGGGUCAAUGCAAAAGAAAUGACCAAACUGUAUAAUAAAGGAUUAUAUACAACAAUUAGCCUGAAAAGCACCCUAUUUACAAGAAUAUAUUUUCAUUGUUUUGAAAGUUAAAUCAAUAAAGAUCUGGCAAAUGUCUUAUUUUAACUA